AUGACUCGUCUUGGUGCCAUCGCUGCCCUCGCGGCCGGAUUCGCGCAAGUGUCCUUUGCCCACAUCAUGCAGAAGUAUCCGAUGUCCAGGCAGCUAUCGCGUGGAAUUGACUUCAAAGCAUGGGACGAUCCGGAAGUCGAGUUCUGCCCCCACUGCUACAACGCUCGCGGGCCCAAGUACGUGAAGCAGAGAGCCUACGACAACGUGGACAGCGCCACCCUGGACGCGUACGGCGGCGGGGAGGAGUUCCCCCUCUACUUCGGCGAGUUCGCGGACAACGGGAACUACCUCGAGACGAACGAGAUAGCGAAGAGGCACGGCGUGUGUGGCGACCCGGAACAGAACGCCGAUGAAGGCACCAACGUCUACAGCACCGCGAACAUCAACUGGGAUCCACUCGAUUCCUUCACGAGCGGACAAGUGCUCGAGAUGGACAUCGUCAUGAACGCCUACCACUGGGGGCACUGCGAGUUCUUCGUUUGCAACACGGACGACAUGGAUGACCCGGACGGCGUGCCCACCCAGGAGUGCUUCAACAUGCACCCCCUCACGCGCGCCGACGACGACGGGGACGCCAGCCCGAUCGACCCCAAUUACCCGGGACGUUACUACGUGGACCCGGAGUGCCGCGAGGAGGAGACCGAGCAGAGCAGCAACAGCAUCGAGGGCUACAACAUCAAGAUGCGCUACGUGCUCCCGGACAUCGAGUGCGAGCACUGCAUCCUUCAGAUGGUGUACUACACCGGCAACACGUGCAAGCACAUCGGGUACGAGGAGUUCAACCCGACCUCGUGGCCUAGCUCCUGCGCCCCGAACAAGUGGGACUGGAUUGAGCUCGACCGCUACGUGUGCGGAACGCGGGGACAGUACCCGGAAGAGUUCUGGGCCUGCUCCGACUUCAGCAUGACCUCCGAUGGCUCAACACCGGCGGACGCCCCGAUGCCCGACCCCGUGGACGAAGAGGACGACGAGGAUAGCACUGACGGUGGCAUGGAGAUGUACGAGUACGUCGGCUGCUACACGGACAGGCAGGACGACCGGAUUUUGGGAGACAAGCUGGACUCGGACCUGAUGACCGCGGAUUUCUGCUACGAAUACUGCUCCGAGAUCGGCGCCGCGUACAUGGCCACCCAGUACGCCUUCGAGUGCUUCUGCUCGGCCGACGAGGACUUGGACUACGAACGCCACGGAACGGCGAUGUGCGACAAGGCCUGCCGGGGAGACGAGGGAGAGACCUGUGGCGGUGAAAACGCGUUCGACCUCUACAGGAUCAUGCCGUCCAUGGACUUGCCCACGCCGGCAACGCCUUUUUCCGAGCCCGAGCCCGAGCCGACCACGCCCGUGUCCGACGGGUGCGCCGAAGCAUGGGGGCAAUGCGGCGGUGGCAACUGGGAGGGUUCGACCUGCUGCAUGGAGGGCUACGAGUGCGUCGCCAACAAUGACUGGUACUCACAGUGCCGCCCUACGGCCUAA